CCCCGCACAACAACAAACGCGCUUUCCGCGGCGGGAAGAGAAGCAAAGGAGAGAAGGAAAGAAACACAUUUAACACAUAUUUUAGUUACAGACACCUUGGUAAAGUUACGAGUUUGUGGAUAAGACGAUUUAAAACGGACAAAGAGCCCGUCUCAUCCAGGUUUUCUCAGCAGACUUUACAGAACAGAGAAGCUGCUUCGGACUGUCCACUUCAUGUGUCAGUUUUUAGAAGAUACUGUCUUGUGAUCUGGAUACCCUGCCUGCAGGACACCUCAUGGAUGUCCAAGGAAGGAUAAUGUAAAUCUGGGAGAACACAGAGAUGAAGAGAGAAUGAAGAUCUGUUCACCGGUGUGACUUCCUGGGAUGCUUGACCGACCCGUACCCCAUGCUUUUCUAAGGCCUCCAGAAGCUAAAGACAGUGUGUCAUUGACAGAGCGAGUGAGCCACCACCAUGGCCCUGGUUCAGGCUCUGCCCAUAUCUGCUGAGCCCCACAACCCAGGCCACAGUGGAGGAGCCCGCAGGAGACAUCCCUCUGGCUCGUCACCCCCCAUCAACCCACCCCCCUCAACUCUUGAUCCUAUGGGUUCGGUCAGCAGCCUCAUCUCCACCCGCCCCGCCCCCUACCAGGACCACCGCUUUGGUGUCGAGCUGGGAGCCCGUGUCCGACGGCCCACACCAGGCACCUCGUGCCUGGGCUCUGAAUCACCCCAGGACCCCUUACUGCAGAGCAUCCCACCACUCAAAAAACAGAGCUCCACAAUAUCCAGCAGGGGGCUAGAGAAGGAGAGUGGUAAUGGAAACUACACCUACCUGAAUGACGACUAUGUAGGCGACUGGAAUGACAACCGUGUAACACGUGGCAGCCCAGGGAGCGACACAGAUGAGACUAAAGAAAGAUCAGGGUUUAAUGGGAACAUGGAGGGACCUCCUCCAAAACUGAUCCCUGUGUCAGGAAAACUUGAGAAAAACAUGGAGAAAACAGUGCUGCGGCCCACUGCCUUUAAACCCGUCAUUCCCAAGAGCCGUACCUCCAUGCAAUACCUCUCCCCUCGCCACUGUGCCAAUGCAUCAGAAAGCCAAAACAACCUGAACCUUCUCAGCCCGACCCACAGAGAGGUGUCGCCCUCCUCUGAGAAAUGCAGCUUGUACAGCAGGAUCCGAAACAGCGGCGGUGGCAGCAGCCAGUCCUGUCAACUUUCUGACUCUGGACGCAACUCCCUCUCUAGUAUACCACCUUACAGCAGCGCCGGCUACAGCCAGGCAUCAGGAGAGGCCUCUGCUGGCCACCUGGAGCCCUUGAAGAGCGCGCCGCCUGUCAGCGGACACGGACACUCCAACUCAGACAGCGGACGCUCAUCUUCCAGUAAGAGUACGGGAUCCGGCUCGAUAAGUGGCAGAGGACAACCUCUGUCUGACAGUGGGUCGAGCGGGCGCUCCCCUGGCCCUGUGGAGGGUUAUGAGGGGGUGGUGAGGGACCUGGAGGACAAGCUGAGGGAGAGGGAGCUGGAGUUGCAGCAACUUAGAGACAACCUGGAUGAGAAUGAAGCUGCGAUUUGUCAGGUUUAUGAGGAGAAGCAGAAGCGCUUUGAGCUGGAGCUAGAGGAGCUGAGACAGGGCUGUGCCACCAGGAUGCAGGUAGCCUCACAGAAGGCCCAGCGCGCACAGCAGGUGCUUCAGUUGCAGGUUUAUCAACUCCAGCAGGAGAAGAAGAAGCUGCAGGAGGACUUUGCUCAGCUCCUUAAGGAGAGGGAGCAGCUAGAGGAGCGCUGCUCCUCCUAUGAGCAUGAGAAAAUCCAGCUCGGGCCUCGACUGGAGGAGAGCAAGUGGGAGGUCUGUCAGAAGUCAGGGGAAAUCUCGUUGCUGAAGCAGCAGCUGAAGGAAGUGCAGGGAGAGUUAGCCCAGCGAGUGGGAGAGAUUGUUUCACUGCGGGGUCAACUCAGAGAGGCUCGUGGUGAGCUGACAAACACCCAGGUCUUGCUCCAGGAGGCCCACGGCACAACCCGCACACGAACCCUAGAGCUGGAGGUCUGUGAAAACGAGCUUCAGCGUCGCAAAAGCGAAGCGGAGCUGCUCAGAGAAAAGGUAGGACGCCUAGAGGGAGAGUUGGUUUAUCUCAGAGAUGCCUUGGCCAAUCAGGGCCCAGGAAACAGACAGUGUCAGGUUUUCCAGGAAGCAGAGGAGCACCUGCUCGCCUAUGAGAGUGAUGAGGCGAAGGCCCAACGCCAGAGCAGCACCGAGGCCCUGCAAAACAUGAAGGUGCAGAUGGACAGGAUGAGGGCCGAGCUGGCCUUCGAGCGUCAGCGGGCCGAGCAGCAAACUGGAGGCUUCGAGGAGGAGCGCAGGAUAUGGCAGGAGGAGAAGGACAAAGUUAUCCGCUACCAGAAACAGCUGCAGCAGAACUAUGUGCAGAUGUAUCGCAGGAACCGAGAGCUGGAGCAGCUCCUGCAGGAGCUCAGUCAGGAACUGGAGAGCAGAGAGGAGGACGAGGGCAGCGGCAACGAGAUAAACUUCGACGAGAUCGCCGCCACAGAAAUUUGACCCUCAUGUCUCUCUUUUGAUUUGCACUGCUGUCAGCUUAAAUGUUUGUUUUCACCUACAUGUCACAGAUCUGAUCUCUUUUGUGCUGUCUAGAUUUAAACACAUUCUGUUUGAGAAGAUUGGUAUCACAAAUGUAAAAACAACCAUCUGUGGUGUAAAAUCAGCCACACUUUAGUUCUGCCUCAUCGGUUUUUACUCUAAGGAGUCCCAUUUGAGAGCCAAUGACCUAUUAGUCGUUAGUAGGCCACCUCAGUCCUUUACCCCUCCAUUAAUAUGUGUUAGUGUUUGCACUAACUAAGACAUCAGCGCCUCAGCCCUCUUUCCCAGUCUUAAGCAUUUGUGGGAGAAUUUGUUGUGUAUGAGUAACUUGUCCCAACCUUUCACUCUCCUCCACCUUCCCUGCUGGGUUUUAGCACUACACACCCACUCUGUUAGCAUUCAGCUCUCAUUAGUACAGUUAAUUUGGAUGGAGCCCACGCUGUUGUCAAUUGACAGCAAACGUGGGAUACCACACAUUCAGCACGUCAUAAGAGCGAGUGAAUCAGAGCGCGGGUGCUAAUGAUGGUGGCUGCACUCUGAGUGAUGUGAAGAGAAUUAUGUUCUCAAAAACAAGCCUUUCUGCGAAUUGUGGCAUGACCAACAACAGUAGAUGUUUCCAAAAUAUGUCUUUUUUCUUUCUAAUAGGAGUAGCACAAUGAAUUUGUUGGGACAAAACAUCUAUAUUCCACCCUUAUAUAGCACAAAUUUGUUGUUUUUAUAACUUUGUAAACAGAAUUGGAAGUUUGUGGACUCUAAUAUUAAGUCUGAGGGGAAACAAAGAUUGAACCUCCUUAAUUUGUACUUUUUACCUUUAAAUGGUGAAAAUAACAUCUGUAUAGUCUAAUGUAAUGACACCUGGAAAAUAUACGACCUUAACACUUGACAUUCAGCGCAUACAUCUACUUUUCUCUCGCACACACAAAUGAUCUGACCCACCUUUAAAAUUAGCUUUGUCAAACUAUUGUCUGAUGCCAGAAGAUUGGAUUAAAUCAUGUUUCCUACAGUGUAGUCGUGGGAGAUGUGGAUAAAAUCUUCUAUUCUAAUACUGUAAUAUUGAUAUACUGUAUAUCAUGAUAUUGUAAAUGUUCAGGAAAAUCAAUCUUUUUCACAGCAGGCAUUUUGGCUCGGCAUAGCAGGAAAAGCAUGGGUGUAAUUAAGGUGUAAAUAAUAAGAACGACUGCAUUCUAUUACCAGGAAUACUAACAGGAAGCUGGCUUACUCAGUGGAACUGGGCCAUCUUUAACAAAAGUUGUUUCACAUGUGCUUUUCCUACUGUGACAAGGCAAAAUGUCUGCUGUGAAAAAGGUCUGUACCAGGGCUGUCCAGGAGCCUGAAACCGAAGAAGCUAAAUGGAAUUCAGCCAUCAUUGAUUUAAUUAUUUACACCUAUGAUUAUCCUGCAGUGACGAAGUGUCGGGAACCUGUUUAUUUUUCCUAUAAAGUCAACUUAGUGUCAGUGUUUUUGGCAAAUCCAGUUAUUAAUACACAACAAAUGAAUCUUUAUCACAUUAAUGCCUCCCAAAGAAGUCAAAACACCCUCAACUGCUCAUGUUAAAUGUUUUUCUUUGUUACACUUGAAAAAGUAAUCUUGAGCCCAAAUUGGCUCUUCAGGUUUUAAACAUUGUACUUUUCCAACAUUGUGCACCUUAGCCUCAUACGCUCAGAUAUUAAAAGGAUAGUGACCAUGGUUAAACCCCAUGACAAAAUCAAUUGGAUGUUGUCUCAUGGUAUACAGCAUAUCUUAUUAGCCAUUCCUACUGUAAAUUCAUUCAAGUCAUAGUAAGUCAUUUGUAUUAGUGGCGUUUUCCAGUAAAACAAAUGUACAUAAAAUUAAGACAAUUGUGUCAGACUAUUAAAGCACACCUACAUUCUUGUAUCUUAUAAUUAGAUCAAAUACUUCUACAACUCUCUCCAAGAUGUGGUGUAACAGAUUACUGUGUGCGGGUGAUGUGUUACUAAGAUCACCUCACAGAAGGGGAAUGAUGCACUGAAUGAUGGGUGUUUUGGUGUAAACUACUUUGGCCAUGGCGUGACUGUUUUUCCAACAACCUUUACAUCAUAGGAUCUGUUUCAUGCGUAGUUACUUCCCUGUACAACAGAACCAAGAGAAGAAGUCUUAUGUUCCUGUAUUACUGCUGAUUGAAUUAUCCUCUGUAAAUAACCCUGACAAAUCAUAGUUUUCUUCCAGAGAUGUGUGUCCAUCUCAAAAAAAA